CGUACGCGCAUGUCAAUCAUGGUCCAACAUGGAUGGGAUUAGAAUGCAGUAGGGCUGGUAACGGGGGAGUCGGUGAUUAAAUAAGUCAAAUUAAACAGGAUCGGCUGCUAGAGCAGCCAGGGGAGACGAGGGAAAAGAUGCCUUCUCCGUCUUUCUCCCUGAAUGCCCAGUCAAGGUUUGAUUCCAAAUGGCUGAAGACGGACUUGCAGCGUAUAUUUUCUCCAGAUGGGUUAUGUGAGUUAUGGAACGAGUUGGUAAAAGAUGAAGAAAUUACUUGCAAUGGGGAAGAAUCUGCACAGCCAGAAGACAGCGUGGAUUGUGUUGGAAGCCAGAAGAAGGAUGAGUCUAAUGACAAGGAGAAGAAAGAGGAAGAAGAAGCGUCAACGUCUGUCCAUCACUCCAUCAUUGAGACAUGGGACUGGGGCCGACAGCCAGACGAGAGUGAGCUGAAGGAGUGCCUGUUGGUGCUGGUGGAUGACCAGCAGAAGCUGGCGGCCGCCACGGCCAAGAGCACGCUGUCCGCGGCGCGGCUGCGGCAGAGGCUGGCCAUCCUGGAGCGCUACCUCAUCGCGCUGAGCCGGAGCAUGCGGGAGGAGAAGUACAAGGCCCGGUGGAAGAGCUCGCCCAGCCCCCCGCUGCCGGCCGCUGACAAGAAAAGCUCACGGCCUGCUGGGAAGGGGGUGGAAGGCCUGGCCAGGGUGGGCUCCAGAGCGGCGCUCUCCUUCGCAUUCGCAUUCCUUCGCAGAGCAUGGAGGUCAGGUGAGGAUGCUGACCUGUGCAGCGAGCUGCUUCAGGAGUCCCUUGAUGCCCUCCGGGCUCUGCCAGAGGCCUCUCUGUUUGAUGAGGGAACAGUGUCGUCUGUGUGGCUGGAAGUGGUGGAGAGGGCAACCAAAUUCCUGAGUGAUGUCCAUGGAAGUCCAAGCGCCAAAGGUCCAGGGAACAUUCCGCUGCAGGAUCAGCACUUAGCUCUGGCAAUCCUGCUGGAGCUGGCAGUGCAGAGGGGCACCCUGAGUCAGCUGUUGUCUGCUGUAUUGUUGCUACUGCGUCUGUGGGACAGUGGCACCAGGGAGACGGACAAUGAGCGAUCAGCUCAGGGCACCAGUGCCCCUCUCCUGCCCCUGCUUCAGCGAUUUCAGAACAUACACUGCAGCAAAGACCUGCCCAGCACCGAGGAGGAGAUGGAGAUUUUGACUGCACCACUGAGCCCCAAUGAAAGCUUUCUGCGCUACCUGACUCUGCCGCAGGACAAUGACCUUGCCAUUGACCUCCGGCAGACAGCGGUGGUGAUAAUGGCCCACCUGGAUCGUCUGGCGGGCCCCUGUAGCCCCCCACAGUGCAGCUCUCCAACCUCCCACAAGGGCACUCUGCAGGAGGUGAUUGGCUGGGGGAUGCUGGGCUGGAAAGCCCACGCGAAUGUGAGCGGUCCGGUGCAGUGCAAGAAUCUGGCUAACCUUGGAGUCAUUCAGAUUGUGUGCUCAGAGAAGGGCUUCCUGAUCCUGUCAAGGAAUGGAGGAGUCUACACCCAGAAUUAUAAGAGCACCACCCUGGCUCCCGUGCUGGUGCAGGGCCUGGCCUCCAGGAAGAUUGUGAAGAUUGCGGCCCAUCCCGAUGGGCAGCACUACCUGGCGCUGUCGGCCAAUGGGGAGGUUUUCUCUUGGGGCUGCGGGGACGGAGGCCGCCUGGGGCACGGGGACACCACGUACCUGGAAGAGCCAGCGAUGAUCUCUGCCUUCACGGGGAAGCAGUCUGGGAAACACGUUGUGCACGUCGCCUGUGGGAGCACGUAUAGCGCCGCCAUUACUGCAGACGGGGAGCUGUACACCUGGGGCAGAGGAAACUAUGGCCGACUUGGACACGGAUCCAGUGAAGAUCAGACCACUCCCAUGCUUGUCACUGGGCUCAAGGGUCUGAAGGUCAUUGAUGUGGCCUGUGGAAGUGGGGAUGCUCAGACACUGGCAGUUACGGAGAACGGUCAGGUGUGGUCCUGGGGUGACGGGGACUAUGGGAAGCUGGGAAGGGGGGGGAGCGACGGCUGCAAGACCCCCAAGCUGGUGGAGAAGCUGCAGGACCUGGACAUCGUGAAGGUGUGCUGCGGGAGCCAGUUCUCCGUGGCUCUGACGAAGGAUGGCCAGGUGUACACGUGGGGCAAGGGGGACAACCAGCGCCUUGGCCACGGCACGGACGAGCACGUCCGGUACCCCAAGCUGCUGGACAGUUUACAAGGCAAAAAAGUGGUCGACAUUGCAGUUGGUUCUACGCAUUGCUUAGCCCUCACUGACGAAGGGGAAGUGCAUAGCUGGGGCAGCAACGACAAGUUCCAGCAUUUCGACACGCUGUUCUCCAACAAAAAACAGCCUAAAGCUCUGCCCGGUCUCAAUUCCAAACAUAUUGUGGGAAUUUCCUGUGGCCCUGGUCAGAGUUUUGCCUGGUCUUCGUGUUCGGAGUGGUCCAUCGGCCUGCGGGUGCCGUUUGUGGUGGACGUGUGCCCCAUGACCUUUGAGCAGCUGGACCUGCUGCUGCGGCAAGUGAGCGAGGGAAUGGACGGCAGCUCCGACUGGCCCCCUCCGCAGGAGAAGGAGUGUAUGGUGGUGGCCACGCUCAACCUGCUGAGGCUUCAGCUUCACGCGGCCAUCAGUAACCAGGUAGACCCUGAAGUCCUGGGCCUGGGCUUAGGCAGUGUGCUCCUGAACAGCCUGAAGCAGACGGUGGUGACCCUGGCCAGCAACGCCGGGGUCCUCAACACGGUGCAGUCCGCAGCCCAAGCGGUUCUCCAGAGCGGCUGGUCGGUGCUGCUGCCCACGGCGGAGGAAAGAGCAAGGGCUCUGUCUGCGCUUUUGCCCAACGCAGUGUUGGGAAAUGAGACGAGUGUGAGCCCUGGUCGUCGUUUCAUGAUCGAUCUCCUAGUGAGCAGCCUCAUGGCGGACGGAGGCCUGGAAUCGGCACUGAGUGCUGCUAUUACUGCUGAAAUACAGGACAUUGAGGCUAAGAAGGAGGCCCAGAAGGAAAAGGAAAUAGACGAACAGGAAGCUAACGCAUCGACACUGCACCGCAGCAGGACUCCCCUGGACAAGGACCUCAUUAACACCGGGAUCUACGAGUCGGCUGGGAAGCAGAGCCUGCCUCUGGUGCAACUUGUUCAGCAGUUACUUAGGAAUAUAGCCUCCCAGACGAUAGCCAGGCUGAAGGACGUAGCUCGGCGGAUUUCUAAUUGUCUGGAUGCGGAACACUUCAGCAAGGAGAGGUCGGCUUCCCUGGACCUGCUGCUGCGCUUUCAGAGGCUGCUGGUCAGCAAACUGUACCUUGGGGUGAACGGACCAGAGGGUGUUGGUGGAUACAGUCCGGAGCUUUUGGGAGUGGGGUCCUUGUUGAAGAAGUACAUUGCACUGCUGUGUACGCACAUUGGAGACAUCCUUCCUGUUGCCACCAGCAUCGCAUUCACUGGUUACAGGCCUUUUGCAGAGGUGUCUCGUAUCAUUGAAGGUGACCUGACAGGUGUGUUGCUGCCUGAGUUGGUCGUGUCUAUAGUUCUCUUACUGACCAUGGAUGCAGGUUUAAUGCAAGAGACUGGAUCCAUUCCUUUGUUGGCUGGAUUACUGGAACAUCUGGAUCGAUUCAAUCACCUGGCGCCAGGGAGGGAGAGAGAUGAUAAUGAAGACCUGGCCUGGCCUGGGAUAAUGGGUUCAUUCUUCACAGGACAGAGUUCUAGGAACAAUGAGGAAGUGUCUCUCAUUCGCAAAGCUGACCUGGAGAACCACAACAAAGAUGGAGGCUUCUGGACUGUGAUUGAUGGGAAGGUUUAUGACAUCAAGGAUUUCCAGGCUCAGUCCCUGACAGGAAACAGCAUCCUUGCCCAGUUUGCAGGAGAGGACCCUGUUGUUGCUUUAGAAGCUGCCCUGCAGUUUGAAGACACCAGGGAAUCCAUGCAGGCCUUCUGCGUUGGCCAGUACAUAGAGCCUAACCAGGAGACAGUGACUACCCCUGACCUUGGCAGUCUUUCGUCCCCUCUGAUGGACACAGAGAGAAACCUGGGGCUUCUGCUAGGCUUGCAUGCCUCCUAUCUGGUCAUGAGCACACCGCUUUCCCCAAUGGAGAUUGAAUGUGCUAAAUGGCUUCAGUCCUCCAUUUUCUCUGGAGGACUGCAGACCAGCCAGAUCCACUACAACUACAAUGAGGAGAAAGAUGAAGAUCACUGCAGUUCCCCUGGGACCACCACCCCAGACAAGUCCAAACUGUAUUCCCGGAGGCUCACACUCAGUGACCAUUCCCAGCCCUUUUUACAAGCCAUUGCGGACAACAACAUCCAGGACCACACUGUGAAGGACUUUUUAUGCCAAAUUGAGCGUUGCUGCAAGCAGUACCACCUCAUCACACCCAUCAUCUUCCCUCCAGAGCACCCCGUGGAAGAAGUAGGCCGCCUGCUUCUGUGCUGUCUUCUCAAACACCAGGACUUGGGUGGUCAGUGUGGUGCAUUACCUGUUCUCCAUUUUGCUUUGCAGACUCACCAGGAGCAGGGACGCUCCUAUAAAGAGGUGUGCGCUCCAGUCAUAGAGCGCCUUCGCUUCCUUUUCAACGAGCUGCGUCCAGCUGUCAGCAAUGACCUGUCUAUCAUGUCCAAGCUGAAGCUACUGAGCUCCCAGCCUCGAUGGAAGAGAAUCGUACAGAAGCUUAUUCGUGAUUGCCGGAAAAAGAAAGUUCCUAAGAAGUCUGAGUCUGCUGAUGUAGAGGAGUCUAAAAUGGAAAAUGAAGAGACCAAUUCAGAAGACCCCCGUGUGGGCCCCAUCAGUCCAGCCCCUGUUGAUAAGAAGCCACUGCCCGUGAAAUCACCCAAGCAGGACAAGUGGCAGCCUCUAUUGAGCACAGUGACCAGCGUCCAGAGGUACAAGUGGCUUAAACACACCGUUAAGGGGGUCUUUCCUCAGUCAGCCCUCAUGGCCACCAUUGUGGAAUUUGCGCUGAAAGAGGAGCCCUUGGAUGUAGAAAAAAUGAGGAAGUGUCUCUUAAAACAGCUGGAACGGGCAGAGGUGCGGCUGGAGGGAAUCGACACGAUGCUGAAGCUGGCAUCGAAGAGCUUCCUGCUCCCCUCGGUGCAGUAUGCCAUGCUGUGUGGCUGGCAGAGGCUCAUUCCCGAAGGGACCAAUAUAGGGGAACCGCUGUCAGACUGCUUGAAGGAUGUGGAUCUUAUUCCUCCUUUUAACCGAAUGCUGCUUGAAGUUACUUUUGGUAAACUUUAUGCUUGGGCGAUUCAAAAUGUCCGCAAUAUUCUGCUGGAUGCCAGUACCAGGUUUAAAGAACUUGGUGUACAGCCUGUUCCUUUGCAAACCAUCACCAAUGAAAACCCAGCGGGACCAAGUCUUGGCACCAUUCCACAAGCUCGCUUCCUCCUGGUCAUGUUGAACAUGCUGUCCUUGAAACACGGAGCCAACAGCCUCAGCCUGCUCCUGAAUUCAGGCAUGCUGGCCCUGACACAGUCCAUCCUUCGACUGAUCGGUCCCAGCUCUGACACCAACGAGGAGGACCUGGGCUCCAAUGUCCAUGGGGGUUCGGCAACAGUGCUGGAGGAGUCCAGGAAGGAAUCGGCUCCGAUCCCCUUGCCUGCUUCCGGUCCCGAGCUGGCUGCCAUGAUGAAGAUAGGGACUAGAGUGAUGAGGGGAGUGGACUGGAAAUGGGGGGAUCAGGACGGUCCAGCUCCGGGGCUGGGGCGUGUGAUUGGAGAGCUGGGAGAGGACGGUUGGAUCAGGGUCCAGUGGGACACAGGCAGCACGAACUCUUACAGAAUGGGCAAGGAGGGCAAAUACGAUCUGAAGCUGGCAGAGUCUCCGCCUGCCGCCCAGCCUACAACGGAGGACUCCGACACGGAAGAUGAUGCGGAAGGAGAGCCCGCAGAGAGGAGCGUCCACCCCACUGCCAUGAUGCUGACCAGCACUGUGAACCUGCUCAAGACUCUGGCCCUUUCUGCUGGGAUCCACGCUGACGUGAUGCAGACUGAAGCCAUUAAGACCCUCUGCGGCCUACUGCGAAUGCUGGUGGAAAAUGGAACCACAGACAAAACAAGUUGCUCUACAAGUAAGCAAGUGUCCAGGGAGCAGCAUAAGAGCUGGUGCACUCUGGGCUUUAUCCGAAGCAUUGCUCUGAUGCCCCAGAUGUGCAGCACACUCAGCACCUCCCAGUGGAUCAACCUGCUCAUCAAGAUUGUUGAGGGACACCAGUCAUUUACUGCUGUCACUCUGCAGAGACAGAUCUUAGCUCUCCGUCUACUUCAGGCGGUUCUUCCUUCCUGGGAUAAAAUGGAAAGAUCUCAGGAUAUGAAGUUCCUGGUGGAGAAGCUCUUUGGAUUUUUGGGGAGUUUGCUGGCUACCUGCUCAUCGGAUCUCCCGCUUUUAAGAGAAGGCUCCCUGAGGAGGCGGAAGUCUCGGCCUCAGGCGUCCCUCACUGCCACCCACAGCAGCACUCUGGCGGAGGAGAUUGUGGCGGUGCUCCGGAGCCUGCACUCCCUCGGCCAGUGGAACGGCCUCAUCAACGACUACAUCAACUCCCAGCUCAGCUGCAUCAGCGACGUCAUGGCCGGGAGGCAGGCCGAAGCGACUCUCCUGGAGGAGUACUUCCCUGACGCGGAGGGCCCUGAGGUGGGCAGCCUAAUGGCUGUCCUGGCGGUGAUUGGAGGGAUAGACAGCAGGCUGCGCCUCGGGGGCCAGGUCACCCACGAGGAGUACGGAGAGGGCACCGUGACCCGGAUCACCCCCAAGGGCAGGAUCACGGUGCAGUUCCACGAAAUGCGGACCUGUCGCGUGUGUCCCCUGAGCCAGCUCAAACCGCUGCCGGUGAUGGCCUUCAGUGUGAAUAACUUGCCCUUCACCGAGCCCAUGCUGGCAGUCUGGGCCCAGCUGGUCAACCUGGCAGGGAGCAAACUGGAGAAGCACCGGCUGAAGAAGCCCCCCGGGCGGGGUCUGCCAGAUCAAGUGGACUUGCACUUGCUGAGAUGUCAGCAGCUGCGGUUAUACAUCCUAAAAGCAGCCAGGGCUUUGCUUUCCCAUCAGGACAAACUGCGACAGAUUCUGUCUCAGCCGGCCGUCCUGGAACUGGGAACCAAUCAUGGGGAAGAAGUGGCGUCGUCUCCUGACGUGGGGGACCUGUCCCCCGAGGGCCCCCUGCCCCCACUCAUCCUCCUGCAGCAGCUGCUGUCCGCGGCCACGCAGCCCUCCCCGGUCAAGGCCAUCUUCGACAGGCAGGAGCUCGAGGCCGCAGCCCUGGCUGUGUGUCAGUAUCUGGCAGUGGAGUCCACGCACCCCUCAUCCCCACUGUUCGACGACAGCAGCUCCAGCGAGGCCACCACACCAGUCACCGUGCAGCAAGUCCGGCCCCCAAAGCCAAAGAAGCACAAGGCUUCGCCGAUACCACCGCUGCCCAUUGUCGUCCAGCUGAUGGAAAUGGGCUUCCAGAGGAAGAAUAUAGAGUUUGCACUGAAGUCCCUGUCAGGGACUACUGGGAGUGCGUCUGGGCUGCCAGGUGUGGAGGCGCUGGUGGGCUGGCUGCUGGAUCACCCCGACGUGCAGAUCGCUGACCUGUCCGAUGCCGACACCGUCUCCGACGAGUAUUCGGACGAUGAGGUCCUGGAUGACUUGGAGGAACCAGAGGCUGCCUAUCCUGUGCCUCUGGGUGCCGUGGUGACGGAGAGUCAGACAUUCAAGAAGAGAUCAGAUUUUCAAAGCAAUGAUGAUUACGCUGUGUAUGUGCGAGAGAACAUCCAGGUGGGGAUGAUGGUGAGGUGCUGCAGGACAUACGAGGAGGUGUAUGAAGGGGAUGUCGGGAAAGUCAUUAAACUGGACAGAGAUGGACUUCAUGACCUGAAUGUGCAGUGUGACUGGCAGCAGAAAGGUGGCACGUACUGGGUCAGAUACAUCCACACGGAACUCCUGGGUUUCCCCCCGCAGAACUCUCCCUCGCACAUUAAGAUCGGGGAUAAAGUGAGAGUCAAGCCUUCAGUCACGACGCCAAAGUACAAAUGGGGCUCUGUUACUCAUCGGAGUGUGGGAGUUGUGAAAGCUUUCAGUGCCAACGGCAAAGAUGUGAUAGUGGACUUCCCUCAGCAGUCUCACUGGACAGGCUUGCUGUCCGAAAUGGAGUUGGUGCCCAGUGUUCACCCUGGAGUCAGAUGUGAUGGCUGCCAGAUGUUCCCCAUCAAUGGCCCCAGAUUCAAGUGCAGAAACUGUGAUGAUUUUGACUUCUGUGAAAACUGUUUCAAAACUCGGAAGCACAACACCAGGCACACGUUUGGCAGGAUAAAUGAACCAGGUCAGUCCCCAGCUUUCUGCGGCCGCUCCGGGAAGCAGCUGAAACGGCACCACAGCAGCCAGCGGGGCAUGCUGAUAGACGAGUGGUCCCGGGCGGUGAAGACCCUCAGCGUCUCGUCCUCCGUGAACCAGGCCUCUCGCCUUGUGGAUGGCAGCGAGCAGUGCUGGCAGUCCUCGGGGUCACAGGGCAAACACUGGAUUCGCUUGGAGCUCUUCCCAGACGUGCUUGUUCACAGGCUGAAGAUGAUUGUGGACCCUGCAGACAGCAGCUACAUGCCUUCUCUCGUGGUGGUCUCAGGUGGGAAUUCCCUGAAUAACCUUAUUGAACUGAAAACCAUCAACAUCAACCCCACAGACACCACCGUUCCCCUGCUGAGUGACUGCUCUGAGUAUCACCGGUAUAUUGAAAUAGCCAUCAAGCAGUGUCGCAGCUCUGGGAUAGACUGCAAGAUCCAUGGCCUGGGCAUUGUGGGCCGCAUCCGAGCAGAGGACGAAGACCUGGCCACUGUACCAUUCCUGGCGUCCGACAACGAGGAGGAUGAUGACGACAAGGCUAAUACUGGAAGCCUCGUUCGAAAGAAAUCUGCUGGGCUGGAGUCGGCAGCCACCAUUAGAACCAAAGUCUUCGUCUGGGGGCUGAAUGAUAAAGACCAGCUUGGUGGACUCAAGGGUUCGAAGAUUAAGGUGCCUUCCUUUUCCGAAACUCUAUCCGCACUCAAUGUGGUGCAGGUUGCUGGGGGUUCAAAGAGCUUGUUUGCAGUGACGGCGGAGGGAAAGGUAUAUGCCUGUGGCGAAGCUACCAAUGGAAGGCUAGGCUUGGGGCUCUCCAGUGGAACUAUUCCCAUUCCCCGGCAGAUCACUGCUCUCAGCAACUACGUGGUGAAGAAGGUGGCUGUGCACUCAGGUGGGCGUCAUGCAAUGGCUCUAACAGUGGAUGGGAAGGUCUUUUCUUGGGGAGAAGGAGAUGACGGAAAACUUGGACACUUCAGUAGAAUGAACUGCGACAAGCCACGGCUCAUUGAGGCCUUGAAGACCAAGCGAAUCCGGGACAUUGCCUGCGGGAGCUCCCACAGCGCAGCCAUCACCUCCAGUGGGGAGCUGUACACCUGGGGCCUGGGCGAAUACGGCAGGCUGGGCCACGGUGACAACACGACUCAGCUGAGGCCCAAACUGGUGAAAGUCCUUCUGGGUCAUCGCGUUAUUCAGGUGGCCUGUGGAAGCAGAGAUGCUCAGACAUUGGCUUUGACUGAUGAAGGGCUGGUGUUCUCCUGGGGAGACGGGGACUUUGGGAAGCUCGGCCGAGGGGGAAGUGAGGGCUGCAACAUUCCCCAGAACAUCGAGAGGCUCAAUGGCCAAGGAGUGUGUCAGAUUGAGUGCGGAGCUCAGUUCUCCUUGGCCUUGACCAAGUCCGGAGUGGUGUGGACCUGGGGCAAAGGAGACUACUUCAGACUGGGUCAUGGGACAGAUGUCCAUGUUCGCAAACCGCAGGUUGUGGAGGGUCUGAGAGGCAAGAAGAUUGUCCAUGUGGCUGUGGGGGCGCUGCACUGUCUUGCCGUCACAGACGCAGGACAAGUGUAUGCCUGGGGUGACAAUGACCAUGGCCAACAGGGGAAUGGGACCACCACUGUCAACAGAAAGCCCACCCUGGUGCAGGGUCUAGAGGGCCAGAAGAUCACCCGUGUGGCCUGUGGCUCAUCCCACAGCGUCGCAUGGACCACUGUGGAUGUCACCACUCCCUCCGUGCAUGAGCCAGUCCUCUUUCAGACCGCCAGGGAUCCACUGGGAGCCUCCUAUUUAGGUGUGCAGUCAGACAGUGAUUCUUCCACAGUCAGCAAUAAGAUCAGUGGUCAGAGUAACGUCAAGCCCAACCGGCCCUCCUUGGCCAAAAUCCUGCUGUCCCUGGAUGGAAACCUGGCCAAGCAGCAGGCCCUGUCUCAUGUGCUCACUGCUCUGCAGAUCAUGUAUGCCAGAGAUGCGGUGGUUGGAGCCCUGAUGCCCGCCAGUAUGAUCGUGCCGAAGGAAUGCCCUUCCAGCUCCCCGGUGCCGCCCCCCGACUCCUCCGCUGCCUCCAGCCCUGUGGAGGUGGAGGGGCCCCCUUUACCAGCCGAGGUGGAGGAGCGCCUCAGCCCAAACCCCUGGCAGGACCGCAGGGGGGAGGUCGGUUCUUCAGAAGAUGCCAUCACACCUUCUUCUGCAGUGACCCCAUCUGCUGUCGCUGCCUCCUCACGCCCCUUCAUCCCCGUCACUGAUGACCCAGGUGCUGCCAGCAUCAUCGCCGAGACCAUGACAAAAACCAAAGAGGAUGCUGAGAGCCAGAACAAAACAACUGGCCCCGAGCCCCAGUACUUGGACGAGUUCACCAGCCUGCUGGUUCCCGAUGACACUCGCGUCAUGGUGGACCUGCUGAAGCUGGGAGUGUCUGCCCGCUCGGGGGAGAAGGGAAAGGAAGUCCUGUCCGCGGUUCUGUCUGGCAUGGGCACAGCCUACCCACAGGUGGCCGAUAUGCUGCUAGAGCUGUGUGUGACAGAGCUGGAGGAUGUGGCCACUGACUCCCAGAGCGGGCGCCUGUCUUCCCAGCCUGUAGUGGUGGAGAGCAGCCACCCCUACACUGAUGACACCUCUACCAGCGGCACUGUCAAAAUACCAGGUGCGGAAGGCCUGAGAGUGGAAUUCGACCGUCAGUGUUCCACUGAAAGACGCCAUGAUCCACUCACCAUCAUGGAUGGAGCCAACAGGAUAGUGUCUGUCCGAUCAGGUCGGGAGUGGUCCGAUUGGUCAAGCGAGCUGCGCAUUCCCGGAGACGAGCUGAAGUGGAAGUUCACCAGCGAUGGCUCCGUCAACGGCUGGGGCUGGCGCUUCACGGUUUAUCCCAUCAUGCCCGCUGCAGGGCCUAAGGAUCUGCUGUCCGAUCGCUGCAUCCUUUCCUGUCCCUCGAUGGACCUUGUCACCUGUCUGCUGGAUUUCCGCCUCAACUUCGCCUCUAACCGGGGGAUCGUUCCUCGGCUGGCCGCCUCUCUGGCAGCCUGUGCUCAGCUCAGUGCGCUGGCUGCAGGGCAUCGCAUGUGGGCCCUGCAGAGGCUUCGCAAGCUCCUCACCACAGAGUUCGGCCAGUCCAUCAAUAUCAACAGGCUGCUGGGAGAUUCCGAGGGGGAAGCGCGCUCCAUGAGUUUUACAGGCAGUGCCUUGGCAGCUUUGGUGAAGGGACUUCCGGAGGCCCUGCAACGACAGUACGAAUACGAAGAUCCGAUCGUGAGAGGAGGCAAGCAGCUGCUCCACAGUCCAUUCUUCAAGGUGCUGGUAGCCCUGGCCUGUGACCUGGAACUGGACACUCUGCCCUGCUGUGCAGAGACGCACAAGUGGGCCUGGUUCAGGAGAUACUGCACAGCCUCCAGAGUGGCUGUAGCCUUGGAUAAGAGAACGCCUUUGCCUCGCCAGUUUCUUGAUGAGGUGGCCAAGAAAAUCAGAGAGCUGAUGGCGGACAAUGAGAACAUGAACGUCCUUCAUGAAAGUCACGAAGUGUUCAAGAGGGAGCAGGAUGAACAGCUUGUGCAGUGGAUGAACAGGAGGCCGGAUGACUGGACUUUAUCCGCUGGGGGAAGUGGGACUAUCUACGGCUGGGGCCAUAACCACAGAGGGCAACUUGGGGGCAUCGAAGGGGCAAAGGUCAAAGUUCCUACCCCAUGUGAAGCCCUGGCCACUCUGAGGCCCGUGCAGCUGAUUGGCGGAGAGCAGACUCUCUUCGCAGUGACAGCUGAUGGGAAGCUGUACGCUACAGGCUAUGGCGCAGGAGGAAGGCUGGGGAUUGGCGGCACCGAGUCGGUGUCCACGCCCACUCUGCUGGAGUCCAUCCAGCACGUCUUCAUCAAGAAGGUGGCUGUGAACUCCGGGGGCAAGCACUGCCUGGCCCUCUCCUCGGAGGGGGAGGUGUAUUCCUGGGGCGAGGCCGAGGAUGGCAAGCUGGGCCACGGCAACAGGAGCCCUUGUGACCGCCCCCGUGUGAUUGAGUCUCUGAGAGGCAUCGAGGUGGUAGAUAUCGCCGCAGGGGGCGCUCACAGUGCCUGCAUCACGGCCAGUGGGGAGCUGUACACCUGGGGCAAAGGUCGCUACGGGCGCCUGGGACACGGAGACAGCGAGGAUCAACUAAAACCCAAACUGGUGGACGCCCUGCAGGGCCACCGCGUGAUCGACGUGGCCUGUGGCAGCGGGGAUGCCCAGACGCUCUGCUUGACGGACGACGACACGGUGUGGUCCUGGGGGGACGGGGACUACGGCAAGCUGGGGAGGGGAGGCAGCGACGGCUGCAAGGUCCCCAUGAAGAUUGAUUCUCUUACUGGACUUGGAGUUAUUAAGGUCGAGUGUGGCUCUCAGUUUUCUGUGGCAUUAACCAAGUCUGGAGCUGUUUAUACAUGGGGGAAAGGGGACUACCAUAGGCUGGGCCACGGCUCUGAUGAUCAUGUGAGGAGGCCGAGGCAGGUCCAGGGCCUGCAGGGCAAGAAAGUGAUCGCCAUCGCCACGGGCUCCCUGCACUGUGUCUCCUGCACUGAGGAUGGGGAAGUGUACACGUGGGGAGACAACGAUGAAGGGCAGCUGGGAGACGGCACCACCAACGCCAUCCAGAGACCUCGGCUGGUGGCUGCGCUCCAGGGGAAGAAGAUAAACCGGGUGGCCUGCGGCUCAGCACACACUUUGGCCUGGUCCACCAGCAAGCCUGCCAACGCUGGCAAGCUGCCUGCUCAGGUUCCCAUGGAGUACAAUCACCUCCAGGAGAUUCCCAUCAUUGCCCUGCGGAACAGGCUGCUCCUGCUGCAUCACAUUUCAGAGCUCUUCUGCCCCUGUAUUCCCAUGUUUGACCUGGAGGGACGCCUGGGGGAGACGGGCCAGGGGCCUUCAGUGGGGUUUGACACACUCAGGGGAAUACUGAUAUCGCAAGGCAAGGAAGCUGCGUUUCGAAAGGUGGUUCAAGCCACCAUGGUUAGGGACCGUCAGCAUGGACCUGUGGUUGAACUGAACAGAAUUCAGGUGAAACGUUCCAGAAGUAAAGGAGGUUUAGCAGGACCGGAUGGCACCAAGUCCGUCUUCGGGCAGAUGUGUGCCAAAAUGACCUCCUUCAGCCCAGACAGCCUGCUCCUUCCACACCGUGUCUGGAAGGUCAAGUUUGUAGGGGAGUCUGUUGAUGACUGUGGAGGAGGGUACAGCGAGUCCAUAGCGGAGAUGUGUGAGGAGCUGCAGAACGGCCUGACACCGCUGCUCAUCGUCACCCCCAACGGAAGAGACGAGUCGGGAGCCAAUCGGGACUGCUUCCUCCUUAACCCAGCCGCCAAGUCGCCACUGCACAUGAACAUGUUCCGCUUUUUAGGUGUGCUCCUGGGCAUCGCAAUCCGCACUGGAAGCCCACUGAGCCUCAACCUGGCUGAGCCUGUUUGGAAGCAGCUGGCUGGCAUGAACCUGACAAUUGCUGACCUCAGUGAGGUUGAUAAAGACUUUAUCCCGGGGCUCAUGUACAUCCGUGAUAAUGAGGCUACAGCCGAGGAAUUUGAAGCCAUGACCCUUCCUUUCACUGUGCCAAAUGCUAGUGGCCAAGACAUUCAGUUGAGCUCCAAAUAUUCGCAUAUAACACUGGAGAACCGUGCAGAGUAUGUGAGAUUAGCAAUAAAUUACAGGCUCCAUGAGUUUGAUGAGCAGGUGUCCGCAGUGCGGGAGGGAAUGGCUCGAGUGGUGCCUGUGCCUCUCCUUUCACUCUUCACCGGAUAUGAGCUGGAAACCAUGGUGUGCGGGAGCCCGGAUAUCCCUCUCCAUCUCCUGAAGUCGGUCGCUACAUACAAAGGCGUGGAACCCACUGCCCCUCUUAUCCAGUGGUUCUGGGAGGUGAUGGAGUCCUUCUCCAACACGGAGAGGUCUCUGUUCCUCAGGUUUGUGUGGGGCAGGACCAGGCUCCCCAGGACCAUCGCUGACUUCCGAGGCCGUGACUUCGUUGUUCAGGUGCUGGAUAAAUACAAUCCCCCGGAUCACUUCCUGCCGGAGUCGUAUACCUGCUUCUUCCUGCUGAAACUGCCCAGGUACUCCUGCAGGCAGGUCCUAGAGGAGAAGCUGAAGUACGCCAUUCACUUCUGCAAGUCCAUAGACACGGACGACUACGCGCGCAUCGCCCUGACCGGGGAGCCGGCUGCUGACGACAGCAGUGAGGACUCAGACAAUGAGGACGCAGACUCCUUUGCCUCAGACUCCACACAAGACUACUUAACAGGGCACUGAGGAGACUUUCUCCCCACUACUGAAGGAAGCGCAUCAGUAACAGGGGAAUGCAAAGCUGCCACACAAACUGAUCCAAUAGUUUGUUUUAACUAUCCUUACCAAUUCAGAAAUCAUAGUUGUAUAAGAGUCCUGUAAAUGACGAUAUUGAAUUAGCUUUGAAGGCACUGUAACCUGAAGUAGGUUCUCCAUUUUUUUUCCUAAAAAAAGAAAACUGCACAGUUUAGCUUUUGUGUUUACUUAUGCCAUGUAAAUGUUUAUAUAUUAUUAUUACAAGAAGUGAGACAUCCCAAAAAGGGCAUUAAGCCUGGCACUGUGGUAGACUUUUCCCAUUAGUUUGUGAUCUUCACAUUAGUUUGUUGUAUAUUGAAGCUAAUGUGCAACAAAUGACUAGUAUUAGAGGUGCGGUAGUCUCUCAGUAAUUCAUUUUAGGGAUAAAUUGUCAAAUUUUGAAACCACCUUCUUGCCUUCUAAAAAAAAAAGUAAAAAAAUGUUUUACUGAAGCCCACUGAUCUUUCACUAAGUUUGGUAAUUUGAAAUUCAUAUUAAAUUGUGAUGAUUGUAAUAAACUUUGCUGGAGGAUUUGUUGUAAAUGCUUUUCCACUUCUGAAAUUCUUUAGACAGGGGCAUUGAGAAGAAUUGAUACACAGUCAAAACAUUUGGACAUUUCAUUUUUCUGUAGCCUUCUCAAUUCAGCUUUCUGAAAUUUCUUCCAGCUUGUGUCUUCUCUUUCUGUUACAGUGAUCCAAGCCUGUAGAAAUUUCAGAAAGCUGAACUGAGAAGGCUACAGAAAAAUGAACUGUCCAAAUGUUUUGAUUGUGUAUCAAUUCUUCUCAAUGUAAACAUUCUCUUUGAAUCACUGGGAGUCCUCACAAUUUCCCAAUGAGCGUAUUUUAUGUGGGAGAUCACUUUCUGGUGUAAAUUAUAAGGAAAAGGCUCAGUUCAGAGUUUUAACUCAAUGUAACAUCUCUGUUGGGAGGUCAAGGGAGUUUGACUUAAUUCAGGAAUCUGAAUAGUGUAGUGUUGGUGUACUUAAAAAAAAAAUCUUCUGGUUUUUACUGUUAAAAUCCCCAGCAUUUGAUUUGAAAAAGACUUAAUUUUGAACUCCUCAACCUGUCCUCAAAAGAUUACAUAUCAGCGGGCUGUUGGUUUCUUUGUCUCUUAGUACUCCAGCUGGGCAUUCCAUAUUCCAGUGAUGUUUGAAUAUGGGGAAAAAUCUGCUGUAAAAUAACUUUCCGCUUGAGACGUAGUGUGAAGGUUUCUUAGGAGAGACGAGUUCCUUGAAGUUACUGAGAGAUUAUUGCAUGUCAUUUGAUGGUAAUAGCAGUGUUUCUUUAUAAGAACUGUUCUUGGAUUAUGAUAGGAUCAGUAUUUCUCACUCCACAGACGUGAAACACCGCCCAGUGAUGUAUCAUUUUAGAAAGCUUGUGUGUCUUUAAUUACCUUCUCAAAUGUAUGUGUGCACUGUCGUCAUUCUGGAAUGUAUAUAAUAUGAUUGUCUCAUGUAUACACAAAGAGCGGCUCAUUUUCUGUGAAUAAAUUUAAUCCAAGAUUACCAAAA